CGAGCGACGGCGCAGGUCAGAAAGGGGAGCGAAAACUUGGUGUGCAGCACGUCGUCUUCUCAUCGUCAACACACCAUCAACACCAUCAACACCACCACCACCACCUGCAACAUCCCAUACACUCGUUUUUGCGGGGUCGCCAGCCAUUUGUGUUCAGUGCAGCAGAAGCGUGGCGAGAGCAGCCAGCCGAGGACUCGUCAUUUAGCACACGGGCCCCGUGUCUGCCGGGCGAAGAUCGAACAACAAGCGCCGCCGCGGACCUCGAACCUCCUCGCCGCCACGACGCACCUCCUGCCUCCACGGCAACCUGACCACCACCACACGCUGCUUCCCCAUCAUCUACCACAGUCGCUCGCUUUGUUGCCUGCGUGACGGUAGUUGCGACCUCGACCCGACUCCGCACCCACCUCACCUCACCGCGUCGCCUCCGCGUCUGACGCCGCUUCCACUCGCUCAUUGCGCCCGGACUGUCCGGAGCGGAAACCUGCUCGACCUGCGACCGCAACUCCACCCACAAUACCCCCAACAUGAGGCUGUCCUUCGCAUCGAUAGCCUCGGCCCUGCUCGCCGUCACGCCCUUCGUCCACGCCGAAGAGCGCAUGCUCACGAGUACCUCGUUGAACCCCUGUCAGGCCGACAGCAAGUUCUCCGCCACCCUCUUCGAUGUCAUCUUCACACCACACAACCGCAGUUUGGCCUUUGACGUGGUCGGCGUCAGUAGUAUUACCGGCAACGUGACCAUUGAGCUGCUGGUCCUGGCAUAUGGACUGCAGGUUUACAAAACCACCAUCAACCCUUGCGACUCCGACCUUCAGGGUCUUUGCCCCAUGAACGCUGGCCAGAUCACACUCAACAGUAACGCGGAGAUUCCGGCAGAGUCUCUGGCGCAGGUGCCAGGCAUCGCAUACACCGUGCCAGAUCUGGACGCGCGAGUGCAGGUGUACUUCAAUCAGACCAACACCGCUACAUCCGCCGCUUGUGUCGAAGCAGAAUUGUCCAAUGGAAAGACGGUCAAUCAGAAAGGUGUCGCGUGGACAGUGGCAUGCCUGGCAGGUCUGGCACUUGUCGCGUCAGCCAUCACAUCCGGUCUGGGACACUCGAACACCGCAGCACACGUUGCUGCCAACGCCAUGGCUUUGUUCGGCUACUUCCAGGCGCAAGCAAUGAUUGGCAUGACUGCCGUGAACCUGCCCCCAAUCGUCGCUUCUUGGACACAGAACUUUCAAUGGAGCAUGGGUGUCAUCCGCGUCGGCUUCUUGCAGACAUUGGCCACAUGGUAUCAGCGCGCCACCGGUGGAACUCCAUCGACAGUGCUAUCGAACCUGAGCUCCGCAUCUGUGCGCGUCGAGAAGCGUAGCUUGCAGGAUUACACUCAGCUCGCCUCUCGCGCUGUCAGCGCACUGCACAAGACGCUCACGAAGCGAUCGAACGCUGGCUCCGCCUUCACCGAUUCGUCGACCACGGUUACUGUCCGCGGUAUUGAGCGUGUUGGCUUCACAGCCGGCAUCGAGAGAACCAACAUCUUCAUGACGGGAUAUGUCUUCUUCCUCAUUUUCGUCAUCUUUGUCAUUCUCGGAGUCUGCAUCUUCAAGGGCAUCUGCGAGCUGCUUGUUCGAGCUGGCCGCAUGAAGGGCGAGAAGUUCCAGGACUUUAGGAACGGCUGGACGACUGUGCUCAAGGGCAUCAUGUUCCGUAUUGUGCUCAUUGGCUACCCACAAAUGGUCGUCUUGUGCUUGUGGGAGUUCACCCGCAAGGACUCGCCAGCCAUCGUCGUUCUGGCUGUCUUUACCCUCUUCAGCAUGCUCGCCAUCCUCGGCUGGGCAUCGAGCAAGGUCAUCCGACUGGCACGCCGCUCCAUCGCCAUGCACAAGAACCCCGCCUACAUCCUCUACUCGGAUCCAGUAUCAUUGAACAAGUGGGGCUUCCUCUACGUCCAGUUCAAGGCUACUGCGUACUUCUUCAUCGUACCUUUCCUGGUCUACAUCCUCAUCAAGGGACUCUUCAUUGGUGUUGUCCAGGGCAGCGGAGCCGUCCAGGCCGUCGCAUUGGUCAUCAUCGAAGCUUUCUACCUGAUCGCAGUCUGUGUGCUGCGCCCAUUCAUGGACAAGAAGACCAACGCUUUCAACAUCUCGAUCUGUGUCAUCAACUUCUUGAGCGCCAUCUUCCUGCUCGUCUUCUCUGACGUAUUCGGCCAACCGGGUAUCGUCACUGGUGUCAUGGGUGUGAUUUUCUUCGUCUACAAUGCUGCCUUCUCUUUGAUCCUGUUGAUCAUCGUACUGGUUGCAUCUAUCAUUGCCGUCUCAUCCAAGAACCCUGAUACCCGGUACCAGCCGAUGCGUGACGACCGUGGAAGCUUCAUCAAGUCGCAGUCCGCGCUCAACACUGAGCUUGACGCAUUGGGAGCUACUGCCCGAGGCGAGGACAAGCACGGCUACACCAACAAGGCUGCGCGCAUCGAAGAUGAUGAUGACAGCUGGUCCGGCGGUAGCGCCAGUCGGAAAGAAGGUGAGGCAGGUGGCUACGGUUACGCACAACCGCCUCGCAGCCCCAUGGCUCCAGCAGCACCCUACGCCGGGAGCGAUAACGGCAGCCAGAGGCAUCUUCCCCCAUAUGACCGAAGCACAAAUGCCAGUCCGUUUCAUGGCCAACAGCAAGCCAACCGUUUUCGUCAGCAAGGAGCAGGAAGUCCCAGUCCUUGGCAAAGAGGAGCUGGCUACGACUAGAGGAGAGGACAAACCUUACCGACCACCUUUGUUUAGCGAAACGUCCAAAGAGACAGUGGACACGGCCAUAUUAACGAUACCUGAUUUUGUGAAGCACCAGCCUCCCAGCUACCUGAUACAUUGGUCUCACCAGGAGCAGAAGCACAGAGCCUCGGUCGACACGGUGGAUAAGGUCAUGGAUCUGUAUUAUCGAUCUCGAUCUCCUUCGCCGUACCGCGACAAGAUAUGAAUUAGCGCUUCUCUGCCUCGAACACACACUAUUAUCACGCACAAAUAUAGACACGUCUGGCUCUUGCGUCCGGAGCGCGCCCACGAUCAGUCAGGCUUUUUACGAAUUUUCCAAAACUCUCAUUGUUUUUCCCCUUUUUUGGAAUGGUCAGUGGAAUUGGUCUAUGGACCUGGAAGCGCGUAGGAAUGGAAAGGACUCUGUACAUAGUGAAGAGAAACUGGAGAGAUAACACAAAAGACAGCUAUUCAUGCUACUGCUACUGCCGCGAAACUUGCAUUGGGAAAAUAGGCUUACUACAAACAAACAAUUAGUAUUAGUACUGCUGCGGGCACUGCGGGCUGAUGAAGAUCGAUCAGGGCUUUUUAUUGUUAUUUAUGAUGCGACAGAUGCGAUGAGAGGUGAGGAGAGGUAGAACAAUUACAACAACUAUCGUUACAACUCAUUAUGAGGACUCCCG